GGGGGAAGCAUUUGCAUAAGUCACAAUGCCCAAAGACUUUCCUUCAGCGCAGUUCUGCGCAGUGGUGUACUGUACAGUAUCCGCUGUUAUCUGGAGGUGCUGCAGUGGGUUGUCGGCAUCAACGAGGAUGCCAUCUAUGGGGAUUGUACCGACGACACCUAUGAUGUCCAUGUGUACUUCCGCUGUCUCACAGGCGAGGACGGCAGACGAUGCAGCCACUUUGAUCUUCUUCUCCCGUAUUCCGAAGGCGAUGAGCAGAUCGGAAUGGUGAUCCCCGUGCCGCCUACAGUGAAGCCCGCCCCUGUUUGUGAAAUGUACAAUGAUCGGUUUCCUGGCCAGCAGAUGGAACCGAUGAACGACAAGCCUGAGGAGCAGAAUCAGGAGAACGUUUUGCAGGGGGAUGAAGUUGAGACGAUGGCCCCGCAGAUCACGGAGGAGCAGAAGGACAAACAGGCCGAGUCCCAGGAGCAGAGAGGGGAGCAGAUAAAGGAGGGAACGGCCAACAGCGAGUCCCCGGAACAGGGCGAGGAGCCGCCGAUGCCUGCGGAGACCCCGAAGCUACUGACGGAGAAUCGCCAGGAUGAGAAUGCAGAGAAAAAGGAGGAGGACACUGAGACCAAAGGUGAGGCCAAGAACGAGCUCCCGCAGCAGAGGCAGAAUCAGCAGGUGGACAUCCCAGACAAGAAUAAGGAUGAGGCAGGUGAGACCAGUCAUCAGGGGCUUGAACAGCAGCAAGAGCAGGCUGACAAGCAGUUGCAUGAUGAGCAGAGGGAAGUUGAGGAACUGGAGGAAGAGGACAAGGGCGAGGGAGGGGAGAAGCAUCAGGAAAGCGACAACGGGCAGCAGGAAGAGGAGCAGCGGCAGGAAAACAACCAGGGGCUGCAAGAAAAGAGUCAGGGAGGGAAGGAGCAGGAGCAGGAACUCAGUGAGGAAGCGGAGGCAGAUGAAAAAGGCGAGGGCGGGGAGAAGGAGCAGGAAGUUGAUGCUGAACAGGAGGAAGAUGAUGAGGGCGAAGGAGAGGAGGAGGAGGAGGAUGAGGAGGAGCAGGAGAAGGAGGAGGAGGAGGAUGAGAAGGAGGAGGAGGAGGAGGAGGAGGAGCAGGAAGAUGACGAAGGUGAACAAGCAGAGGAGGAGGAGGUGCACGAAGUCGAUCCGGAAGUGGAGCCAGAUGAGGAGUCGAGACCUGCCAACAUGGAGACCAUGCUUUCCAUUGGCAAAAUGGAGAUCCUUCAGAGCAUCUUCCAGGGAGAGAAAACGUUGGAGAUCCGCAACCGGCAACUACGGCCUGGCCGCACCUGGGUGUGUCUCAAGGACCGAGUCUACGGCACCGUGGAUGUGGGCAAGCCCUUCCGCAUCUCUGACCCGAAGUUAUGGAAAGCCAGGAAAGCUGACCACUGCGUGCAGAGCAACGUGCCAAUGUACGGAGAGAAGACGUGGGCCAACCCCGUGUCCAACCCUCGUAAGCUCCCAAAGCCUCUUGCCUUUUAUCGCAAACACGGGGCCAUCGGCUCUGUCAAGUACAGGCCAGCGGAGGGAGCCAAGAACAAGAAGGAAGACAAGAAGGGUGAGGAGACGAACGAGGAAGGUGACCAGUCUCAAAGCACCACUUCGGCGUCCGCUCCCAAGAAGUAUGCCGUGGCCACUCUGUCCCGCACCCUCAUGGACAGAGUGCGGGAGGCAGCCAAUCAGAAGCGGAAGAGCUUCGAGCUCCUCACCACCAGCAGAUACACUGCUGGUGGUGAGAUGCUUCUGGUGCAGACCAAGACGGAUAACAAGGUGGCUAUCCAGGCCUCGCUUGUGCAGCACAGGCGGCUGACGACCACCUGGGAGCUCACCAAGGCUGCUGCCUACAAGCAGGCCACGGCACCCGAACAGACGGCGUGGAAAGCCAGGUUGCACCAACACCUGGCCGUCUACAGCUGUCGGCUCAGCAACCUCCGAGCCCCGUCGACAAAUAUACGACUUCGGGGCGGCCACGGCUGCAGGAGGACGGUGGCCGUGGAAUCCGAUGUCGUGGAGGAGGAAGCCACUCCGAAGGCAGAGAUCCCCGCUCUCAGCCUCCGGGACACAGCUCGCUACUUUUUGCAGCGUCUGUCGGAGGCAGAUCGAGGGAAGCUGAGCGCUAACGUCAAAGGGCUGAAUGGCUGCGAAAUCAAGCUGGGCAGCACUUGCUCAGGGACAGAUGUGUGCACGAACGUGUUCAAGCACACGCUGCAGUUCCUGGCCGAGCAACACCAGGUCUCCAUCAGCGUCAAACAUGUGCUGGCAGUGGAGCUGGAUAAAGGCAAGCGCGAUUUUCUGAUGCGCGCACACAAGCCCACCUUCUGCCUUUUCGAAACGGUGGACAUGUUCGCCAAGGGCAAGACUGCAUUCUGCCACACGUGCCGGCGAGUACACGAGGCGCCUGACGUCGACGUUCUUGUGGUCGGCUCCAGCUGCAAGUCCAUUUCAAGGAUGAACAACUCGCGGACAGACUACCAGGAUUGCUACCAGAAAGGCAAGGGCUGUUCUGGGAGCACGUACCAGAAUGGUGUCCUGCAAGCGAGCAAAGAGUUGGCUCCAGCCCUUCUCUUCUUUGAGCAAGUCGUAGGCAUUUUGGAUUCGCCGGUGCAGAAGAACGGCAAGAGAAAGACUCCUUUGGUCCAGGCCGGCGGACUGCAGUUAGCAUAUGCUGUUGGCCAUGGGGUCAUGGAGAGCGACAUGGCAUCGCUAGGCUACACCUUCCAAUUCAAGAAGCUGGACGCGCAAGGCUAUUUGUUGCCGCAGCGCAGGAACCGGGUCUACGCACUAGGAGACGUCCAGUCAGGCCGCGAACCCUUCAACCUCCAGUCGGCCAUGGGACAGACCCUCGCAGACUUGGCAUCGGACGUCUCUUUAGCAGAGCAAGUCUUCGAUGCGAGCCUGCCCAAGGAAAGUCCAAGGUCAGCACUUGGAGCUCAAGUAGUGGAAAAGGCGAAAGAGGAGGCUGCGCUGCGUGCCGAUAUUGACAUUUUCAUCGACACGCAGACAUCACUCAAGCGAAAGCCCGAGAUGAGCUAUGCAACCUCCACAUGUGUGCGGCCGUCGCACGAAAUCUACUCGGCAAGGAUGGAGAGAUACCUCACCCUCCGUGAGCAGUGGCUCUGCCAGGGUUUGUUCCCUAACGACUUUGAGUUUGCCGAGGAGGUGGAGAAAUUUAUCAGAGAGAAACCUAGCCUUGCGAAAGACCUAGUCGGCAACGCAAUGGCUGGCACCGUGCUGCAGGCUCAGGUGAUGGCUGCCCUGGUGCACGCGCAAGGCUGGAAGAACUUAAGUGCUGAGCACAGGACAAAGUCCAUUGGAACUGAGUUCGACUGGAAGCAGUAUCGGGUGAAACCCGUCGUGGAGUACUACAAGCCACCGACAGGCUUAUGGGCCCCGCCAGUCACGCAUGAUCAGACAACCGAGCAGCUGAAGAACAUGUGGGGCAAGUACAAGACUCACAAGAGUGAUUGGAACGCCUUGCCGAGCAAAGAGCAGGAUGAACUCUGGGUGCAAUUCCGAGAGCAGCCACGGCAAGAGCAGAGUGCGAGCGCCGUACCGAGCGCUGUGGAAGAUGCGCUUGUGCAGCAGCCAGCUGCAAAGCCGCAGCCUAAAAGACGUGCAAGUGAGAUAUGGAACACUGUCGAACAAGCACUUGCGCAGGAGCCAUCUGCAAAGCGGCAGACGACAGAGGCCUCGUCCUCCUCCAGGCAGGCGGACUCCGCAGCCAUCGUGGACAAAGAACCUGCAGCAAAGCGGCAGCGGCUGUCCAAGACAGAUGCUGCGCCCGUUGGCGGUGCCAACUGGUUUUCAGGAACCAGGUUGAAGCACAAGACAUCACGCGAUUCGGCCAGCUCCGCAUGCGACCGGCCCGCCACAGGUCGCGACAAGCCCGCCAAGGACACAGAGAAAAGGGUGGUCAUGUACGCCCCUUCCGUGCAAGAGCUUCGGAAGAUGAAGAAAGAGCGCAGGCUGUACACCCGCAGGAGCGCGAACAUAGAGCGCAAGGGCAAGAAUGCAUGCUUGGAUAUCUUCCGCAAGGUCGCGCUGCUAGACGAAUGGGAGGAGGCCAAGAAAGACCCAAAGAUCAAGUCGCCAGAGCAGUACAUGCUUAAAAAGCGCAGGACCGCUGCUUUCCAAGGAUGCUUCGGCCGAUGGUCCAAAUCUGCCCUCCACUUCCAGUGGAGGGCAUUCGUGAAAUGCGCACCCGAAAUGUCCAAGCUUUGCAGCGAGGUGCCGAACUCGGUGCGAGGGAUGCUUGGAUUGGUCAAGAAGCACACGAACAGCAAGUUCAGCACAUCGAAGGGCCUUCACCAAAUUCCUUUUGCAUUGGGUGUUGCGCUGGAAAAGCUAUUGAUGGACCACGUUAUCGCAGGUGAGGAAGUUACUCUGGCAUAUGCCAGCAGCGUUUGCAGCUCGCUGGUAGAGCUGUGGAAUGAGCAGGUGGAGGGCUUUGCCAAGAGUGUCGGGGAGCUGAAGCUCGCGCAGGCAGACUCCCAGCUGGCAUCCGGCGCGAGUGCCAAGGACGUGAAAGCA